CCUCGCCCUAAUAAAAAGCCCAAGUCCUCGAGAUCACGCCCUUGAUCCUGGCGAUGUCUUGUUACCCACAACAUCUGACCGAGCUGGUGUCCACGGAGAUCCUCCUCCGGCUCCCCGUGAAUUCGCUGCUGCGGUUCAGGUGUGUAUGCAAGGCAUGGCGCGACACCAUUGACAACGAUUUCUUUGUCCGCGCACACCUCCGCGCCGCCCAGAACACGUUCACGCUCAUCGCCCCACAUGUUAAGGCAGAUGGCAUGAUCACCGCCGCCGGCUUAUAUAGGUGGGAGCAGGGCGCCAAGGCCGCCGACGACGACGACAGGAACACCGCCGCCGCCGCUGGCGUGUACCCGUGGGAGCAGGACACCGCCACCCUCGUACACCCCAUGGGCGCCGACUACUCCGUCCCGGGCACGACGAAUGUUUCCCACGACCUUGCGCACUGUGACGGGCUGGUGCUGGUGCCUUCCGACGCCAUGGGCCAUCAGGCUUUCGGCCUCGGCCAUGACCCUCGCUCCAAAGCUUACAAGGUUGCUCGCUUCUUCUACCGCUCCAUGGAAGGGCCCGUGGGCAACCCUAACCACUACACCCUCGGGAUGGAGGUGCUCACCGUCGGAGCGGCGGACCUGCGUUGGCGAGAGACGGCAGCGCCGCCACCUUACCCUGCCUUGCCAGGCCGAACCGCCACCUUCUUCAAGGACUCGUUGCUUUGGACCGUCGAGGAGUUGCUAUUCCGGGAAGCGCCGGGAUUCAUCCGCUUCAAGUUAGAAGACGAGUCGUUCGCUGUCCUGCCAGGGCCUCCUUGCAGCCCGAGUCUGGACUACGCGGCUGCGAGCUUAGCCGAGCUGCGUGGGGAGCUGUGCGUGUGCGUGGCUCGUCACGAGGCUGACUACGGCCACGGGUGGCACGAGACGUGGAUCUGCCGCGACUUGGACGACGCGCCACCGCCACGAUGGGAGCCACGGCAUGUCGUCGAGAUGAUACCCACUUUUCCACGACUCCGAUGUCUACGUCCAAUUGCUGCUUACACUGACGUGCUAGUGCUCCAUGCCGAACCCUGCUAUCUCUGCCGUGAAACUCAAGAACCUGGGAGGAGCAAGGAUCUUGCUCGGGAAAAAGAAAGGAAUACUCCGCUUCACAUGCAGCUCAAGUUGAGGUAUUACCACCCUGACACGGGCAUGUUUGUUGAAUACCCAGCGGCGACAUGUGCCUUUCAAGUAAUCUCAUACGUUCCAAGUUUAGUUCCCGUGUAGAGUGGCUUUUCCACUUUUCUGUAGCUAGGGAAGGUUUUAUUCUCCUUAAUUAGUAGUAUCCGACAAAUGAAGAUACGUUGUAAUUAAUUUCAUACUUGUGAUCUCUCUUUCUUUGUUGCUGAGUUCAAGUUUCUAAGGAAAGAGAUUAUGCUACCA